AUGGAUAGUGCCAAAUUUCAGAAUCGAAGUUUAUCCCAAUCUAAAAUGAAAAGCACCAAUAGAAUUAUUAAUGGUUAAUUCAGUGAACCUAAUUAAUUAAGCUCUAGCAUUUUAUUGUAAACUCAUGAAUAACAUUCUUUUCCAAAAGCCAAAAGGUUUCCAUCUGUUUCCAAAGAGUCAACACCCAAAUUGUUAUUGCUAAGUGAUACAAAAACUAAAAGAACAACUUCCUUUGGAUUUGGUAAUAAACUAAUCAAACCUUUGGAUUUAGAAAGAAGAGAUAAAUUAAAUCCUGCUCCUGGGGAUUAUGAAUUGAAGACUUUCUCAAGUACAAAAUCAUUUACUUUUGGAAAUAAAUUAACUAAAAUUGAUCGAUAAUAAGUUCCUGGUCCAGGAUAAUAUUAAUAUAAAUUAUAAUCAAAAACUCCUUAAUUUAGCAUCUAUGGAAAAAUAUUGUAUUAUUAUUUAUAUGAUUAUAGAGACAAAUAGAUUCUAUCCUAAUAAUCGGCUUCAUUUGUUACAUAUAACCCUAAAGAAGCUUUAACAUUGAAUUAAAGAUUUAAUAAGAUAAGUUUUGGUAUUGGAGAUAGACCAAAACAAACUUUUAAUGAAUAAAUUCCUGGACCAGGAUCCUAUCAAAGUAAGUCUCUUUUUGAUUUGAUUUGUGAAAGGAAAAAAUUAAAAGUCUCAUCAUGAAAAAACUCAAUAACUAUUUUUGAUUUUUUAUAAUUUUCC